AUGACUCUCUUAAGAUAUUUGCUUAUCGCUGUUCUUUGUCUGACUCAUGUUCACCAGACCGCAAGUGAGGACACCCCCGAAGAUGACGAUGAUCUAUCCAGAACAGUCGUUGGUGGGGAUCCCACCGACCCUUCCGAAGUUACUACUAUGAGAGCCUCUGGCGGCCGAGGUGGAGGUGGAUCGAGGUCAUCUAGUAAGUCGACGUCACCCAGUACCUCGUCGUCAUCGUCUGGCUCGACACCAUACCGCACCCCAUAUUAUUACCCCUACUACUACAUUCCGUAUGGCCACGGCGGAUAUCGAUCAGAUGGCUACGGUUCUCCGCCACCCGCAAGGAUACUUGCCUGGGACUAUAGACUUCGACUAAACAAGGGGAAUGUCACCGUGGUCGACACUGAGAACGGACAUCCCCUCUACACUAUCAGCAAAGCGCCUCAUCGUGGCUUCAUCAUCACUAACCAGCGCGGUGACGUACUGCUACGAGCAAAUGAUAAUAAAAAAGCGUCGUGUGGAUUUGGGUGGAAAUACCACACUCCAAUGAAUGUCAGCUACUCGAUUGAUCCAAGGGGUCCUUCUACAGACCGCUGGAAAAUCGAGCUUUACGGAAAUGGAAGAGAAGAACAGCCUCAUACGUUGAAGUAUUAUCGCGCCCACCAGAAAAACAAAGGUAAAAUUAUUGACAAGACAUGGGGCAAAACACGCAACAUUCAAGCAGCUAGACUCGAUGAAAGGGAUCCGCUAGAUAAAUCCAAGUGGGAAAAAGACACCCUGUGGAAAAUUGGAAGAGUUACGACAUUGGAAAUCAAUGAUCCAACCAUUGGUGAUCACUACUUCAUUGGUUUGUGGGCUAUGGUUCACAUCCGAUGGGAUCGAUGCAUAAAUGCCUGAUCCAAAAACCUAAUCUCUUGAUAAAA